AGACACUUGCUGCCUUCCUCCAACCACAGCCUGCUCUCCAACCCUCACCAUGUCUUGCCACAACUCCUGCUCUGGAAACUACAGCUCAGGGUGUCUCAGAAAUUCCUGCCAUGUUCCUCUCAAUGCCCCUGUUGCCCUCUGCUCUACAAAUGUGAGCUGUGGAGAUGUGCUCUGUGUACCUGGGGUCUGUCAAAACCAGGCCUGGUUCCCAGGCAACUGCCAGGAGACCUCUGGGGAGAUGAACAGCUGCCAGCCUGCCAACUGCGAGACCUCCAGCUGCUCUUCCACGGCUUACUACGUGCCCAGGCCCUGCCAAGGAUCUGGUUUUCUGCCAACCUCUUCCUUCCUCUCCAGCUCCUGCCUCCCAGUAUCCUAUAGGCCUCUGAGCUAUGUAUCCAGCCACUGUCGUCCAACGACUCCCCUGAUCACUAGUUUCCAGCCCACGGGCUGUGUGUCCAGUGGCUAUCGCCCCCUGACCUGUUUGCCCAACAGCAGCCGACCCCUGAACCUCCUCCCUUAUGGGUACCGACCCACGGGGUGUUUGACCUACAAUCCUCAAGCAGUGAACAUUGUGUCCAGCAGCUUCAGACCUCUGCAGCCUCACUCCAGCAGUUGCCAGACUCUGCCCCACGUGUUCAGCACUUGCCGUCCAUCUUGCUCGGCCCAAGGAGGCCUGUAGCAUCCUCCUUCCAAUGAAGAUUCAUGCGAAGAUCCAGGACGAAAAUUCAAAUUCCAUGGACUUUUGCUGCUUUUUUCUUGUUUUCACUGUGCCUAAUCGAAUGUGAGCUUCUUUCAACUUUUAAUCUUGUUUUCCAUCUUACCUUUACAAAGAAAUUCAGCUUACAAUGCUAUCCAAUGUUGCUCAGGUGUGGGAAGAAUAUAUUGGAUUCAAACUAUAAUAAAUGAG